UGAUGAAAUAUUCAAAGGAAGCAAUAGUUACAAAUUUGUUUUAACAGGUGUAUCAUUAAACGGAAAUCAAUUUUGUUAAUACUUCCGUCUAUGUGGCAGGUUCUGUAUUACUUCCAAGUGAAUUGCAUACUUUCAUGUACUGCUUUUAUUUACACAGCUCUUUUAUUAGCUGUGAUUACAUUUUUACCAGGACUUCCUCCAGAUGCUAAGUUUUUAGAAUACAGCAUAACACCGCCAACUAAGCUAAGUGAAAAAUUAGAUAAUAAUCGCAUAAAUGGGAUAGAAUUUUUGCAUAUUGGAAAGUUCAAGGGUCCUGAGUCUUUUGAUUCUUAUAAUGGAGAAUUAUAUGUCGGCUUACAGGGAGGCUAUGUUGUUAAAAUCGAUGAGAAAGGAAUUAUACCUUUUGUAAAAUUUGGUGGAAAAUGUGAUGGAAUCUUGCAAUAUUAUGAAUGUGGUAAAGUGUUGGGUAUAAAGUUUGAUAAAAAAGGCAAUUUGUAUGUUAUUGACACUUAUUUAGGUAUUUUUAAAGUUGAUCGAAGUGGAAAUUAUCAAAAAAUAAUUGAUAUAUCUAAACCAAUAGAUAAUAAAAUUCCAAGAAUACCUAAUAGUUUAGAUAUAGCAGAAAAUGGAGAUAUAUUUUGGACAGAUUCUAGCACAGAUUUCCCAUUGUAUGAUGCUGUUUAUACCAUGCUUAUUAAUCCAUCUGGAAGACUUUUUCGAUAUAAUGCAGCUACAAAGACCAAUGAAGUGUUACUUAAAAAUUUGGGAUUUUCAAAUGGAGUAAAAUUAAGUAAAGAUGAGAGUUUUUUAAUUAUAUCAGAAACAUUAACUUCACGUAUUAUUAAAUACAAUUUGAAGGGAGCUAAAGCAGGACAACAAGAAAUAUUGCUCGAAGGUCUUCCUGGCAUCCCUGAUAAUAUACAUACUGACAAUCAUGGUGGUUUCCUAGUUAGUCUAUAUACUUAUAUAGAUUCAGAAAAUCCUCAAUUAAUGCAAAUAUUAAUACCACAUCCAAAUUUAAGAAAAAUGAUAGUAAGACUUUUCACAUUGAUAGAAGCUCCAUUUAAAUUAAUACAAAAUGUUUAUCCAAAUUUUUACACAGAAAGAAUUAUUCAUGCAAUUGGUUCGUUUGAAACAUUAAGUUUUUUGACAGAACCUAAAUCGGUAAUAUUACAUUUGGAUUCCAAAGGAAAACUUGUUGAUGCUGCAUAUUUAAUAAAUGAAAUGAAUGCUUUAAGUUCUGCUUUUAUUCACAAAGGAUAUUUAUGGCUUGGAUCACCACAUAGUGAAUAUGUAGCUCGAGUACCUUUAAAACAAGUCUUUCCUCAUUUAGCACAAAAGGAAAAAUUAAUGCAUCAUUCAAAUAUACAAGAUACAAAGGAACGUCCAAAAACACAUAGUACAACGGUAAAACCGCAAACUGUAAAGACUCCAACCGUUCAAACAUUAUCAACAGAAAAACCUAUAACCAAAACUGCAAGAAGUACAGAAACUUCUACUUCAAUUGGAACAAGUCCCAAAACAUCUACUAAUCAGGAAAAAAUAGCUACUUCCAAACCAAGUACAACGUCAGUACCAAGUACUACUGUCAAACCAAGUACAGCAUCAGUUCCAAGUACUACUUCCAAACAAAGUACAACGUCAGUACCAAGUACUACUUCCAAACCAAGUACAACGUCAGUACCAAGUACUACUUCCAAACCAAGUACAACGUCAGUACCAAGUACUACUGUCACAACAAGUACUACUGUCAAACCAAGUACAACAUCAGUACCAAGUACUACUGUUAAACCCAGUAUUGUAUCAAAAACAACUCCAACUCAAAAAGCAACGACAGGUGCAACUAAGCCUACUGCAAAAUCAAAUACUGAAACGACUUCAAAAUCUAACAAUAAGGAAAUUAAAUCAGAAACAGCAAAAAAUAAAGUAAUUUCUGAUGUUAAGUCAGAAAAUAUAAAAGAAAUAAAUUCAAAAUCAGAGAUAAAUAAACGAACAGUUCAAAAUAAUCAAUUUAAAGCUCAAAAGCAAGAACAUCAAAAUACUGAAUCUCCUAAUAUAAAUAAUAAUAACAUUCCAAAAUAAAAAUUAAUAUUAAGACAAUUAUUUAAAAAGUCAAAUAAGGCAGGGUUGUUGUUUUAUAUUAUGUUUUAUGUUUCAAGUUUAUUUAAUUAUAAGAUAGAAUUUUUAUAUUUCAAAGUAAUGCAUAUUCAAUUCUCUUAAAUACAUUCCAUAAAGAUUUGUGACACAGUUAAUUUUUCAUUAUAAUGGUUCCAUUGUAAUAAUGAGUAAGGCAAAAGAUGCUUAUAUAAAUAUUUGUUAAAGACUGUGAUUUAUAUUUAAAAAUAAGCAUGAAAUUAUUUUGUUUUACAAAUUCUAUAUAAAUAUAUGUAUAUUUAGGCAUGUGACCGCAAGAUUAUGUUCUCGAUGUAGUAACAAAUGUAACAAAGGAUUAUGUUCAAAACUA